GGACAAUAUUUUUCACUUCUAAUUUCCAUCUCAUUCUUCCUCUUCACUACUGCAACCGCGCCUCCACGCCGCUGCCGCCGUCGGGUCUGCGCCUCCAACUCUGCCGCCUCGAGCGCGACUGCGCCGCUAGCUUCUGCGUGGGUCUGCCCCCAUAAGAGAGAAGUACGAGAUGGUAGCGAGAGAAGACGACCCAGCUUUGUUCAAUGAUUUACAGGAUAAAGGACUGGAAAUUGACAAACAAGCUCUUGCGGCCCCUGUGAAGAAUGCAGUUGACAAGUUCCAAUUAGUCCCUGAAUUCUUGAAGGUGAGAGGUCUUGUCAAACAACAUUUGGACUCCUUUAAUUUCUUUGUACGAACAGGGAUAAAAAAGAUUGUUCAAGCCAAUAAUCUCGUCACCUCUAGUCGAGACCCAAAUAUUUAUUUGAGAUACAAAGAUGUUCGCAUUGGUGAACCAUCAAUGAUGGGUGAUACUGUUACUGAUUUGCUUAAUCCCCAGAAGUGCCGUCUCUACGACAUCACCUAUGCAGCUCCAAUAUACGUGAACAUAGAAUAUUCGAAUGGAAACUAUGACGGAAACCGAACUCAAAUGAAGAAAGAUGUCGUUAUUGGGAGAUUGCCUAUCAUGUUAAAGAGUUGUUGUUGCAUAUUGUAUGGGAAGGAUGAAGAAGAACUUGCCAGAUAUGGUGAAUGCCCACUUGAUCCUGGAGGAUAUUUCAUAGUUAAAGGGACAGAGAAGGUGAUUUUGAUGCAAGAACAACUUUCAAAGAACAGAAUAAUCAUUGAUACUGAUAAGAAAGGAUGUGUGCAAGCAUCUGUUACAAGCAGUUCAGAGACAAAAAAGAGUAAGACUGUCAUAAGAUUUGAGAAAGAGAAGAUAUAUCUCCAGUUGACUGGGUUUACAACCAAGGUUCCCAUUAUGAUAGUCCUGAAAGCUAUGGGUAUGGAAAGUGAUCAAGAGGUUGUCCAGAUGAUUGGAAGAGACCCGCGGUAUAGUGAACUGCUAUUGCCUUCAAUUGAGGAUUGUGUGAAGGAAGGUGUACAUACACAAUAUCAGGCCCUGGAAUUCCUUGAGCGGAAGACUCAGAAAUCCCUAUUUCAUACAGCAGUAGAGAAGGAUUCUUCCUUUGCCAUACAGGAAGGGCGUGCUCUAAAAAUUCUUCAGGAUACAUUUCUUGCCAACGUUCCCGUGCAUGAAAACAAUUUUAGGCCAAAAUGCAUAUAUGUUGCUGUAAUGUUGAGACGCAUGAUGGAAGCAAUCUUAAACAAGGAUACAAUGGAUGAUAAGGAUUAUGUUGGCAAUAAAAGACUGGAGCUAUCUGGUCAAUUGCUAGCUCUACUUUUUGAGGAUUCAUUCAAGAGACUGAAUGAGUUGACCCAUCAAAACAUUGAAAGAAUCCUAAGUAAGGCAGUUCGCUCCUCUCGGUUUGACAUUUCUCAGCAUAUAGUGGUCAAUCCCAUUACUAAUGAACUAGAAAGAGCCCUUUCUACUGGAAAUUGGGAUCUCAAAAGAUUCAAGAUGAACAGGAAAGGUAUGACACAGGUUGUAUCUAGAUUCUCAUACAUAGGAACUGUAGGGCACAUGACAAAGAUCUCUCCGCAAUUUGAAAAAUCUAGAAAAGUCAGUGGCCCUAGAGCUUUACAGCCCAGCCAGUGGGGAAUGUUGUGCCCCUGUGAUACUCCAGAAGGUGAAGCUUGUGGAUUGGUGAAGAAUCUGGCACUGAUGACGCAUGUUACAACUGAUGAAGAUGAAGGCCCUCUCAUUUCUCUGUGCUACACUCUAGGGGUGGAAGACUUGGAAUUGCUUUCCGCUGAAGAACUUCCUAUGCCAAAUUCGUUUUUAAUUAUAUUCAAUGGACUUAUCCUUGGCAAGCACAGGAGGCCACAAAAAUUUGCCGAUUCAAUGAGAAAACUACGAAGAUCUGGGAAAAUUGGCGAGUUUGUAAGCAUUUUCGUGAACGAAAAGCAGCGCUGUCUUUACAUUGCUUCCGAUGGUAGUCGUGUUUGUCGUCCACUUGUAAUUGCUGACAAAGGUGUAUCAAGAAUUAAGGAGCACCAUAUGAAGGAGCUGAGGGAUGGAGUCCGCACCUUUCAGAGUUUCCUGAAAGAAGGCUUGAUUGAAUACCUUGAUGUCAAUGAGGAGAACAAUGCUUUGAUUGCCUUAUAUGAGGAGAAUGCUAAAGAAGAAACGACCCAUAUUGAAAUAGAGCCUUUUACCAUAUUGGGUGUGUGUGCCGGGUUGAUUCCUUAUCCUCAUCAUAACCAGUCACCAAGAAAUACAUAUCAGUGUGCUAUGGGGAAGCAAGCUAUGGGCAAUAUUGCAUAUAAUCAGUUGUGUAGGAUGGACAGUUUAAUCUACCUCUUAGUUUAUCCACAACGACCGUUACUAACUACACGGACAAUUGAGCUGGUCUCCUAUGAUAAACUUGGAGCUGGACAGAAUGCUAGUGUUGCAGUUAUGAGCUAUAGUGGAUAUGACAUAGAGGAUGCAAUUGUAAUGAAUAAAUCAUCCUUGGAUCAUGGUUUUGGUCGAUGCAUUGUAAUGAAAAGAAUGAUAGCUGUUAACCAGAAGUAUACAAACGGCACAAUGGAUCGCAUUCUUAGACCCCAAAGAGACGGACCUGAUGCUGAACAAACACAGAUAUUAGAUGAUGAUGGAAUAGCAGCUCCUGGAGAAAUUAUUCGUCCCCGUGAUGUCUAUAUCAACAAGCAGUCCCCCAUAGACACGAAAAGCGGGACAAGUACCAGCAACACUGUCAAACUGAAAGAGAGUCAAUAUAAGUCAAGCAAACAAACAUACAAAGGUCCUGAAGGGGAGACACCUGUCGUCGAUAGAGUGGCACUCUGCUCUGACAAGGAUAGCAACUUAUGUAUCAAAUUUAUGAUCCGUCAUACUCGUAGACCAGAGGUUGGUGACAAGUUUAGUAGCCGUCAUGGGCAAAAAGGAGUUUGUGGCACCAUUGUUCAGCAGGAAGAUUUCCCAUUUUCUGAACGCGGAGUAUGUCCUGAUUUAAUCAUGAAUCCUCAUGGAUUUCCAAGCCGUAUGACUGUCGGGAAGAUGAUUGAACUUCUUGGUAGCAAAGCUGGCGUUUCUUGUGGUAGGUUCCACUAUGGCAGUGCAUUUGGAGAGCCCAGUGGUCAUGCAGAUAAAGUUGAGGCUAUAAGUGAAACCCUUGUGAAGCAUGGUUUUAGCUACAACGGGAAGGACUUUAUCUACUCAGGUAUCACUGGCGAGCCACUGCAAGCAUAUAUUUUCAUGGGUCCCAUCUACUACCAAAAGUUGAAACACAUGGUCCUAGAUAAAAUGCAUGCACGAGGUAAUGGGCCGCGUGUUAUGUUGACUAGACAGCCUACUGAAGGGAGGAGUAAAAAUGGAGGCCUGCGGGUGGGGGAAAUGGAGCGUGAUUGCUUACUUGCAUAUGGAGCGAGUAUGUUGAUAUAUGAGCGUUUGAUGAUCUCCAGUGAUCCUUUUGAAGUUCAGGUAUGCCGGAAGUGUGGGCUCUUGGGGUAUUACAACGAGAAGCUAAAAGCAGGAAUCUGUUCGAUGUGCAAGAAUGGGGAGAAUAUAUCUACCAUGAAAAUGCCCUAUGCAUGCAAACUUCUAUUACAGGAGCUCCAGUCGAUGAACAUUGUUCCUCGUUUGAAAUUAACAGAGGAGGUGUGAACAUGGCGUGCGGUGGAUGGUAUUGCGCCACUGUAUAUAACAGUUCUGAAGAUAUAACUUGUGUUGGAUCUUAGAUAUGAUUCUUUUUUCCCGAAUUUAUGAAAUAGGGUAGAAUCAAAUUAUGUGUGUUAAUUGUUGAGGGAUCUGGCAAGUUGUUUAAUGAUUAGAAAGAAAGCGUCUUAACAAUUAA